AGAGACAGCCACAAAGACAGCCACACAGACAGCUACAGAGACAGCCACACAGACAGUCUGUCCAGUGGUUCAACUGGGUCAUCGAGCUGGUGACCUCUGGGUUGCAAUUCCAGUGUGCUGACCAUAAUACCGCAGCAGCAAUCAUUUGCCAAGCAAGUUAUCUCGCGAGACACGUAUGGAAUCGUGGUGCGUAAGAACAGUUGAUUAAUUCGCAGCUGAUGCAAAUAAUGUUCAAGUGGCGCAACAUGUUACAUUGAGCCUAAUGGAGCGAACGAAUGUAUUCCAGUGAGACGUAGGGUAACGAGGAACUACGCAGACGAGGCGGUAAACAACACGUGACAAAAAAAGUAAUCGAUUCUUGACUUGGAUCGCAUCCCACGGGACCUCGACGUGUCAUCGAAUUUUGCCUGGGCGGAGGGAGCUGUGAACUUGAUGCAUGGUCCACAAGAUAAGAACCGUGUAUUUGUCGAGUAAGGUGGGGGGGUGGGGUGGAUGAACGAGUGGCUGGAGUGGUGGCGUGGUGGCGUAGCGCUGAGCACACUGCACCCUGAACCCGGAUACCCAGGAUUCACGACUCGCCCGUGGCCAUGGCUGACAGCGCUGCGAGAGGAGGACACGGCGGAGGAAGAGGUGCGGUGGAGGGGGUCAGGGUCAGGGUCGGCCACCUCUGUCCCGGCUCGGCGUCGGCCGCGAUGGCUUCGGCAGUGGAAGCGAAGUCCUUCCCACGGAAGGAUCAGCCGGAUCCAGGCGGAGUGACCGCCGCCGAGAUGGGACCGCUGCUGCCGGGACGCACCGAUGCGCGGGCGACUUCUGGUGGAGCCACUGAGGAGGAAGAAGAUGAGGAGGAGGAGGUGCCGCUGAGAGUCAUCACGCUGCCCGAGCAGGCCCACCACGCCAUGGAGAAGAUGGAGGAGUUUGUGUACAAGGUGUGGGAACGGCGCUGGCAGGUUAUCCCGUUCGACCUGCUGCCCAGCUGGCUGCAGGACAACGACUACCUCCUGCAGGGCCACCGGCCGCCAAUGCCGUCGUUCCGCGCGUGCUUCAGCAGCAUCUUCCGCAUCCACACGGAGACCGGCAACAUCUGGACGCACCUCAUCGGCUUCGUGCUCUUCCUGUCGUUGGGCGUGGUCUACAUGCUGCGUCCCAACAUGGCGUUCGUGGCUCCGCUGCAGGAGAAGGUGGUGUUCGGCGCGUUCUUCGUGGGCGCCGUGCUCUGCCUGUGCUUCUCCUGGCUCUUCCACACCGUCUACUGCCACUCGGAGAAAGUCUCGCGCACCUUCUCCAAGCUCGACUACUCGGGCAUCGCUCUGCUCAUCAUGGGCAGCUUCGUGCCCUGGCUCUACUACUCGUUCUACUGCUCUCCGCAGCCGCGCCUCAUCUACCUCGUCAUCGUGUGCGUGCUGGGCGUCGCUGCCAUCGUCGUCUCGCAGUGGGAGCGCUUCUCCACGCCGGCCUACCGAGCGGUGCGCGCCGGCGUGUUCCUGGGCCUGGGUCUGAGCGGCGUGGUGCCAACCAUCCACUUUGCGGUGGCCGAGGGCUUCGUGAAGGCCACCACGGUGGGGCAGAUGGGCUGGCUGCUCCUCAUGGCAGUGCUGUACAUCACGGGCGCGGGGCUGUACGCUGCGCGCGUGCCCGAGCGUUUCUUCCCGGGGAAGUGCGACAUCUGGUUCCAGUCGCACCAGAUCUUCCACGUGCUGGUGGUGGCGGCGGCGUGCGUGCACUUCCACGGCGUCUCCAACCUGCAGGAGUUCCGCUACUCCAUCGGCGGAGGCUGCACGGACGACACGCUCUUCUAAGGCGCGGGACGGCGCGGACGAGCCGCCCCUUUACGCCGCCGCCGUCGCCAGCAGCAGCAGCAGCAGCAGCGGUAGCAGACGUCACUUUAGGCGGGCGGAGCAGCGUUUCUGCUCCCCCCACCAGUCCCUGUCCCGUUCCCUCCAUUUCCGUUAAUUCUUGACGCUGCACGCUGGUCUGGUAAAGUUUGGCGUCGUGAGGGUGCCGGCCUCCGGCCCCGGCUGCCGCCACUGCCACGAGCGGCGGCGGCGGCGGCGGUGGCGGUGGCGGUGGCGACGUUUACUUGAAAGUAUGCCGAUGAAUCGGCGACAGUUAGUCCAAUUUUUCACCGUCGGUGAAACCGUCCACUGGACUCUCCUUCAACCUUCGCGUUUGCAGUUCCCUCUGUGCGACCUCGUGCGACCUCGUGCGACCUCGUGCGACCUCGUGCGACCUCGUGCGACCUCGUGGGACCUCGUGCGACCUCGUGCGACCUCGUGGGACAUGGGCUGAGAUGGAAGGGGGCGAGGGCGCCCUGGGCGCGGAACACGUGGCUCAUUUUGCCGUGCGCCGUUAAAUCCUCGCUGCGUGACCGACCGCGCGUUCGUUCGUUCGUUCUCCUCUCCGCUGCCAACCCUCUAGGGGUUGGGUGGGGGGGGGGGUGGAAACUCGCUGAAUUUAUUCAGGGAUGCCACGAGCCUCUGACAAUCUGGUUUGGUUUUUUGGGGGAGGAGGGGGUCUUGCGGAGCGAGACGGUGGCGGCGUUUAGAUCUUCAUCCGUUGGUCACCCUUCUCGAGAAAGUUUGCUCUACUCAGCAUGUCAUCAAAAU